CGAAAAUGAAGGUGACGAGACGCUUUAAAGAAGCUGCGAAUAAUUCACAUUCUGAAGUGCGAUCUUCCCUGUACAUUUCAUCAUAUGGCUGGAAUCUUCUAAAUCGCGUCUGGGUGAGUCUGUUUUAUAUUUCGACUAUGCUGUUAUAACGAAUAAAUAUUUCGCAUCGUAUGUUCUCGACGAACGUUUUAGAAAAUUAGUUUUCAACGAUCCACCACAAAAUGGCUACACCAUGCCAACAUUCUGCAUGGUACGUUACCGACAAGCGUACAUCUCGUAUGGUAUAUUACCAUCAGACAAAAUUAAACACACGAGGAGCAGUUUCCAUGAUGUUCCAAAAGGUGGCUACACUUUUAUUUUCACCAAAUUGCAGUAGGCACCUGUUUUGCAAUUAAAUAUUUGCUUUAAAAUAUUUGCGAAUAAUCACGAUGACAAUUUAUCAGCCUUCUUACUGUUACACUUAGCAAGUAAUGCACGGAUUCAGCUACUUUCUGUUAAAUUUUUGCGAAAGUACACACGAGCUAUAACUUUUGCGUAUCGAUGCAUGCGAAAUGAAGUCGAAUACUAAAAGUAAGUAGUAAUCUCAGGGAAGGUGUGCACUUACCUAGGCAAAUGUACAGGUGUAGGUGGAUAUUUUCGCUAAGUACAAGUCGAAUAUUAUGUCUACCCGUAUACUUUAAGGGGUGGUACAGGAGAGUUUGCAGAGCUGCGUGUAACACUUAACUGUUGCAAAGUUCGAAUCGACUACUACGAUCCGCCCAUUGAAAAACAAUAAGUGUUAGUUGUAACCUCGAUCGAUGUCCCCUCCAACGCUUCCUGAGAGUACACUUUUCUUGAUUUUGCGGAGUAUGUUUCUGGCCAUCUAAGCGAAACGCGCCGUGGUAGAAGUAUCUACUCGGUUUGAUAAAAAAAACGAGUUCCUUCGAAAUGUCUUUAAAUCAGUGCUAAUUAUGAAUCUUCAAGUGUACAAUAGGGAAGAAUACGAUAAGCUGAUAAAGCCCGUAAUGACGAACGGAAGCAUAAUCUCCAUCUGGCCGUUGUCCGAGAACAGUAGCAGAGGAACAGUGCUCUUCAGAAAAUUCCAUUUAUUCUGUAUGUUUUUCUUGGUGGUGGUGACGUCUGUAACGGUUACUGCGGAUGUGAUUUACAAUUUAGACGAUCUGAACGAGGCAACGGAAUGUGCCCUGAUCUGUUCAGCAUUUUACCUUUGUGUAGUUCGCUUGGUAGUGUACACGAUUCACCAGAAGGACAUGCUUUACGUGGUGAACACGAUGAGGGAGGAUUGGAUUAUGUCUUCUUACGACGACAAGACUAUUUUAAUGGAAAAGACGUUGUUUGCUUUUCGACUGACCAAGUAUUUUAUCAGCACCGUGGCCGUAACGAUCGUGAUAUUCAUGUGCGUUCCCCUUCUGGAAAUUUAUAUCUUAGGCCGUGAUAAAGUGCUACCGUUCCGUGGCUACUUCUUCAUCAAUCAAACCGUGUCGCCAAUCUUCGAGUGUCUGUAUUUGUUCAACGUAACUGCAGGUGGUUUCGGUGGUAGCAUAAUCGCGGGCGCCACUAGCUUCAAUCUGAUAGUGAUAACGCACGGAUCGGCCAAGUUCGCGGUUCUGCGGAAAAGACUGGAGGCCUUGAACAGCGAGGAUCUUGACUCCAACGCCGUCAUGGCGGAUUGCGUGACGCGUCACCAAGAAGCCAUAGCGUACGCAGAUGCAUUGGAGAGGAUCAUAAAUGUUCUGGCUUUAGGGCAAUUCGUUAUUAGCACAGGGCUGAUCUGCUUCGCGGGAUUCCAAAUCACCUCGAUGAUGGAGGACAAGGGGCGUUUGAUGAAAUAUUCGACCUUCUUGAACUCCGCCAUCCUCGAGCUGUUCAUGUUCAGCUUCAGCGGGAACGGGCUGAUGGACGAGAGCGAAGCGGUGAGCGAAUCCGCGUACAGCAGCGGUUGGAUCGGGAGUCGCCUCUGCCAGAGUCUUCAGAUCAUGAUGAUGCGUUCGAGGAUCCCCUGCAAGAUAACGGCGGCGAAAUUUUAUAGUAUGUCCUUGGAGAGUUUCUCAGCGGUUCUCAGUACGUCGUUCUCGUACUUCACGGUGCUGACGGCCGCCAAAGACGAAUAACGGCUACGAUAAACGUAGACGGAGUUCCUUGAUGACUCAACUUACAAAGAAUAUAAAAAGAAUAUAUGUAUACUAUAGUCGUUGUACUAGCCUAAAGAUAUCCGUGUACAUCAAAGCGUAGCUCGAUAGUCUGCCCUCCGAAUGCUAGACGAAUGAUUUCGUGGGUCGAUCGCUGCGGAGAACAGUGACAACGAGUUGUCCCGUUCGGGGUACGGCCCGUGC